AUGUCGGCAGCCGCGACGCCAUAUGCGCCUGCCUCAGCGCGAGCCUCAGUUGCACCCACAGGCUCUCAAACGCCAGCCCUGCCUGCGCCGCCGCCGCCGCCUCCUACCACCAACACCCCGACCCUCCCUGCGCCCUCGACGUUUGACAUGCUCCCUGACCUCCACAGGCUGCUCAAGCGUAUUCUCGAGACGCCUGCCCAGCCGCCAGCUGCGACACCAACGCCUGCCCAGCUUGCCGUAGAGGGGCCCCUCGAGAUCCAACACGUUGCGACAGCAGCGAAUGACAUCCGCCUCAAGAUACAAAAGGCACGACGCGCCGUCACAGCCUUGCCGGACAUGGAUCGCACAUGUGAAGACCAAGAAGACGAGAUUGAGGACCUGGAAGCGCGUAUUGCGCGGCUGAAGGCUUCUCUCAACGAGCUCGGUCGGCCGGUCGCUCAAGCAGAGGAUGCAGACGGAGACCAGAGACGCACGUCUGUCGACUGCAUGGACGCACUCGACCUAGCUCUCGCCCAGGGCUAA